AUGGAGACUCGGGUAAAUGAUAUAGUUUCAUCUUUAGAAACUGGCUAUGAGGGUGUUCAGAUGAUAGGGAUCAAGGGGAUGGGAGGUAAAAGCUUUGUUGAAAAUGUUAGAGAAGUUUCAAAAGGCUCUCUCUCCGGUUUGAAGGAAUUGCAAAAACAUGUCCUUUCAGACGUGUUAAAUGAUCCAUACAUUGAUAUAAGAAAUGUCUCUGAUGGGAAAAAUAUGAUGAAAAAGAUGAUGUGUAGUAGAAAGGUUCUUGUUGUUCUAGAUGAUGUGGAUCAUAUUGAACAACUUGAGGCGUUAGCUGGUAAUCCUAAUUGGUUUAAGCCAGGAAGUAUAAUUAUCAUCACAACAAGAGAUGAACAAGUGUUGGUUGCACACGGAGUUCAUGUUGACAAUAUUCAUAAUGUCAAUUUGUUAUUAGACGAGGAAGCCCUUUGCCUCUUUAAUAUGCAUGCAUUUAAGAGAGAGAUAUCAAUUCAAAUGUAUGAAGAGCUAUCAGGAAAAGUUGUACGUUAUGCUGCUGGCCUUCCCUUAACAAUCAAAGUUUUGGGUUCAUUUCUUUGUGGUAGAACAAAACGUGAAUGGGAAAAUACAAUAGAAAGACUGGACACAAUUCCGUUGAAGGAAACUUUGGAAAAAAUGGAGCUAAGCUACGACGGUCUAGAGCAUGAUUAA